CCCACACGUGCUGUUCUAGAAACCAUGGCUCGUCACAUCGACGAAGAUAAGAUUCAUUUUUUAUUAUUAGAAGUCAAAAGCAAUGAGGUAAAUUCAUCUGCGAGAGAGCCUGAAGACCACAUUAAGGCUGAUCCAGUGCAUGAAAUGGAGGAUGAUGAUGAAGUUUCUAUUGUAAAUGAAGAGCAAUUUCCAGAUCAAGAUUAUGAGGCAAGUAGUAAUACAUCUUCGCAACGUUCAAUUGAAGACGCGAUACCUAGCACUUCAGCUGACCCUAGCGAUUUGAUUAUAAGACCAUCGCGUCCCAUUCUUCUUGGGAAAGAUAAACACAUAUGGUCAUCAGAACAGUCAAGGUCACAAAGCAGAAGACCUUCAAGGAACAUAGAUACAUAAGACGUAGGCCUGUACACUUUUUUCAAGAUAUUUUAGAUCCUCUUCAAUGUUUUUCAGGUAUAAUUACUGAUGACAUUACUGAUACUCUGCGGGACUCAAUCACAUAAAUUUUAA